AUGUUUAUGCUAGUGAUACUGAGCGCUAGCUAUAGACCUGACUCCAUAUCGACUUUACUCCAUCGGAUUGAGGAUCUUGACGAAGAUGACUUCGAUGAACAACAAGGAGAGAAUAUGGAAAGGGCCCUUCAUGACUACCAGGAUCUUCGCGACGAGCUCAGUCUCAAGCUUGACAAGCUUCAAGUUUUGCCAAAUGACUCGAAUGAAGACGGGAAACAACAAGCUCGAUGGGCUUGGGAAACGAUUACAUGGGAUCAGAAAGAGAUCGAUAACUAUCGAUCACGCAUUCUCCUCAGCCUAACUUCGUUCAAUCUUUUGGUUGGAAGAAUCGAUUUGUAUGUUGUGCAUAUUUUUCUCUCCGCCAAUCUCGAGCUCUUUGCUACGCAACCGGAUAGAGGCCUGACUGUGGAGCUUUGUGACAUCAAAACCCUCUCUCCGGAGGAGGUUGACUCCAUGCAAUAA